UUCUUCUUCAGAAAAGGGAUCUAUGCAUAAAGAUCACCAAGAUUGUAAGCAGAAAAAAGAAAGUAGGUUCAGCAUCAGCCAAUGAAGAUUUCUCAGCAUCAUGUAAACUCAGUUGCCACUGAGAAGCAACAGGAAAAGUGUCCAGGAAUGGAAACGAAUGAAUCCUUUCUGUCUGGAGAAAGCUUCAAAAGCUUUCGUAAAACCCAAGUCAAGCAGGAGUUUGAGGAGGAUAAAGUAAGGACUUCAGCUGAAGAUGAGAAGAGCUCACACAGAACUGUAUAUACUAAAACCAGCAUAGACAGGAAACCAUAUAAGUGUUCAGACUGUGAAAAGUCCUUCAGUAUGAAUGCUCAUCUUAUUAGUCAUCAGAGAACCCACACAGGGGAGAGACCAUAUGAAUGCUCAGUGUGUGGGAAAAGCUUCUUCCAGAAAGGACACCUCGUGGUUCAUCAGAGAAUCCACACAGAAGAGAAACCAUACAAAUGCUCAGAAUGUGGGAAAUCCUUUUGCAAGAACGCUGAUCUUAUCAGACACCAACGAAACCAUUGUGGGGAGAAGCCAUAUAAGUGUUCAGACUGCGGGAAAUCCUUCAGUAUGCAUGCUGACUUUAUUCGACAUUACAGAGCCCACACGGGAGAGAAAACAUUUGAAUGCUCAGACUGCGGAAAGAGCUGCGGCACAAAAAGCCACCUGGCAGCUCAUCUGCGCAUGCACACGGGAGAGAAACCGUUCACCUGUGCCAUCUGUGGGAAGAGCUUCUCUCAGAAAGGUAACCUUGUUAUUCAUGAACGACUCCAUGCAGAAGAGAAACCGUACAAAUGCUCAGAAUGCGGGAAGUCCUUCUGCAAAAAUGCUGACCUUCUCAGACAUCACCGAAACCAUACAGGGGAGAAACCAUAUAAAUGUUCGGACUGUGGGAGGUCUUUCAGCAUGAACUCGGACUUCAUUAGACACUACAGAACCCACACGGGAGACACUCGGUACAAGUGCUCUGAGUGUGGCAAAAAUUUCAGUAAAAAAUGCAAUCUGGUUACACACGUAAGAAGCCACACAGGUGAGAAGCCAUACAAAUGUUUGGUCUGUGGGAAAAGCUUCUCCUUGAAAGGAAACCUUGUUGCACAUGAGAAAACCCAUAGGAAAGAGAGGCCAUGUAAAUGCUUGGACUGUGGGAGGUCCUUCAGCGUGAGCUCUAAACUUAAUGAACAUCAGAGACUUCACACACGAGAGAAGCCAUACAAAUGCUUGGACUGCGGGAAAAGCUUUCGUUGGAUAGGAAACUUCACGGCACACAUACAGUUCCACUCAGGAGAGAAGCCUUAUGAGUGUUCCCUCUGUGGUAAAUCCUUCAUUGUACAACAUGACCUCAUUAGACAUCAAAGGACCCACACAGGAGAAAAACCCUAUGGAUGCUUGGAUUGUGGGAAAAUGUUCAGUCAGAAGGGCAGCCUUGUUGCACAUAAGAGAAUUCACACAGGGGAGAAACCGUACAAAUGUGCUGAUUGUGGGAAAAGGUUUAAUCUAAGCUCUUGCCUCCUCUGACACCAGCAAACCCAUACAAGAGAGAAACCGUAUCAGUGUGCCAAUUGUGGGAAAAGUUUUGGUGUCAGUUCUCGACUUAUAAAACAUCAGCAAAUCCACCCUUGAGAACAGCUACCUAAAUGUCCAGAUUGUGGGCACAGUUUCCUGUACAAAAAAGCACUGGUCAAGCAUGUGUAAACACACUCGCAAAAGGACUUACGUCCGUGUUCAGAAUGUGGGCAAAAUUCCAUUGAUCUGUCUGGCUUCUGCAUAAAAGGAGAAGGAAGUGUCCCAGUCUCCUCAUUGUGAUGAAAGCUGCAUUGAUAUAUCAACCGUUAUUGUGCAGAAAAUGUAAGAACACGUUUGUUGAAGAAGCUUCUAUUUAUUCUCACACGUUAUAUAGGUCAAAGAUAAACUGGACUUGCUUUAUCCAGCAGUUGUAGUUCAAAACAUCUGGAUGGCAUCAGAUUGGGCAAGGAUGUGCUAUAGGUCACACUUUAAAGUAUAGCGCAAGAGAGUGCUUUCCUUCGUCUAUCUGUGGGAAGAACCUCAGUCGGAGCGCACAAUGUGCGCAUCAGAGAAAUCAUGCAACCGUUCACAAAUCAGUUGCUUUUCAGUGGUAAAUCUUUAUUCUUUCAUAUGUGACCUCACACCCUGCACCUUCUCCAUGUAGAAGGGGAACCCAGUUCAGGCUAUCCUACAAAAUCAGAUAAAAUAUGUAGAAAGCAGGGAAACAAACUUGAUAUUCUGAUCUAAUGCCACAUUCUUUAUACAGAUAAAUUCUCUGGAUUCUUAUCAUAGGGUGAUUUUGGUUCAAAGUCUCCUUUUAGUGAUAAGACUAAAGACUGGCUAAAGACAAGUAUACAAGAGCAACUAAUCCCAGAAGAACACUACUUAACAAUCAUAAUUGUUAUUUAUUUUAUCUCUAUACCACCCAGUAGCUGAGCGCUGAGUA